UAUCUUCAGUGUGGCGCACUCCUUAGUUGCUACAGGUUGCUUUCGUGAGUUCUAGUUCCGGCAAACAAGUGCAAAAAAUGUCAAAAAAGUUUGUUAAUCAACCUGAAGACUGCGUAGACGAAGCCCUUGAGGGUCUUGUUAUGACGAAUCCCGGCCUUCUUAUUUUGGGCAAGCAACGUGUCGUCAUUCACGAAUCGGGAAAGGCUUCAAAUGGCAAAGUUGCCGUCAUCGCUGGAGGCGGUGGAGGCCACGAACCGUAUGCAGCCGGAUUCGUUGGGCAAGGUCUCUUAACAGCAGCCGUAGUCGGCCAAGUUUUUUCGUCGCCUCCGGCAGGCAGCAUCUUGGCCGCUAUACGAGCAGCUCGUUCAAAUGAAAAUGAUGGUGUCCUACUAAUUGUGAUUAAUUACACUGGUGACAGAUUAAACUUUGGUUUGGCUCUUGAAAGAGCCCGUAUGGAAGAUAUUCGGGUGAAAAUGGUCAUUUGCGAUGACGACUGUGCUCUUUCUAGUCCAUUCAAAGCGGUUGGUCGUCGGGGACUGGCUGGAUCUCUUUUCCUUAUGAAAGCUGCCGGAGCUUUGGCUGAAAGAGGUGAUCCCCUCGACUCAAUGGCCCACGUACUCGAAGAAAUGAAGCAUUCCAUUGGCACAAUCGGUGCAAGUUUGACAUCUUGCAGCGUUCCAGGUGGAGAAGUCAUGUUCCGCCUAGAGGACGACGAAAUUGAACUCGGAUUAGGUAUCCAUGGCGAGGCAGGAGUGAAAAGAAUUCAAAUGAUGACGGCUUCCAAUAUCGUAGAAGAAAUGCUGAAUCGUAUGACUGACGGCGAUUCUUCCUGUUCCUUUUCGCUUCCGGCAGGCUGUUCGGUAGCACUUGUAGUUAAUAAUCUCGGUGGACUGUCCAUUAUGGAAAUGUAUAUCGCUGCUCGUGAAGCGAUUAAACAACUUGAAUCCCGUGAAGUCGAGGUCGUCCGUUGUUACGUGGGUCAUCUCAUGACUUCGCUAGAGAUGAGAGGACUCCAGUUGUCAAUGCUGCGUGUGGAUGGAGAUGAGCGUUGUUGGUGGUUGAGUUUACUCGAUGCACCGACCUCGGCUCCAUUAUGGCCCCAUCCACUUUAUCAGGGGAGAACGACCCCCGAAAAACUGUCCGACGAUGGCUAUCGUUGGGACCAGCAUUUUGAGAAUCGAGGUCCAUCGUUGGGGGAAAAAGGUCAGCAAGCCUUAAAGGCCGCGAUUGAUGGUGCUGCCACUGCCCUAGAAUCAAACGUCGAUUGUUUGAACGAGUACGAUUCUGGUUGUGGUGAUGGGGAUUGUGGUUCUACCUUAAACCGAUGGGUUAAUGCUGUUCGCGAAAUUGAACUUAUACUUCAAUACCCUUGCACCGUGCUUCAGCAAUUGUGUUAUUUAAUGGAAAGCAAGGUCGGAGGGACUUCCGGAGCUAUUUACGGGAUUUUGUUUGCAGCGGCAGCCAAAGCCUUUGAAGAUUCCGAUAUCAGUGAAGAAGCAAUGGCGGAACGAUGGGCACAUGCCUUUAAGAUUGGCAUAGAGGCUGUGAUGAAUUACGGCAAGGCUGAUCUUGGCGAUCGUAGUCUUUUGGAUGCCUUUCUUCCGGCACUGGAAUGUUUCCUGUCUUGUCCUAAAUCGAGCACCAACGAGAUCUUAGAUGGACUGUUAUCGGCCUGCUCAGUCGCCGAGGAGGGAGCCGAAAAAACAUCUGGAAUGCGAGCAAGGGUGGGACGCGCGAGUUUUGUAAAUGAAGAACUCGUAACGAAACCAGACGCUGGAGCAACUGCUGUUGCCUUUUGGUUACGAGGAGCUGUGACUGCAUUGGACUUGGAACUUCGUGAGCCGGAGCCAGAGCCAGAACCAGAGCCUGAGCCUGAACAAGAGCCAGAACCUGCACCGCGAUCGCGCAGCAGCAGUAGUAGCAGCAGUAGCAGCAGUUCCUCCAGUGACGAAGAAUGAAGUUGUUUUGUACUUAGCAAAAUGAGGUAUAUUUAUCCGAAGCUUAUCCACUGCAUGACUAAUCGUCGUUUAUGUUCUUCGUUGAACCCUGUUGCAUGUUAAUAAAUCCCAGUGCCAUUCUAAGA